GUCGACGCUCUUCUUGUCUGCUCCUCCACGCAGAGGAGAAUCGCGGGCUCAUGUGUCAACAUCCAGGCUUUCCCCCGGGGAGGCGGAACGUUAUUUCAUAAAAACUCAUCUCUCUUUGGUCAACAUUUUUUUUUGCUUAAAAACAAAAACCAAUCCAAAUUCCAAUUAUUUUAGUAGUCAUUGGCCGAGUCUUCUCACCGUGAGGACAAGGAUUGUUAGUACGGGUCUCCAUCCAACGUUGUUGCCAACGAUGACAGGGUACAAAGUGCGAAUAGCAAUCAUUUAAAAAAUCACAUAUCCGGGCGACGCGUUAGCUUAGCGAGCUAGCCCGCUUGGUUGGAGCAGAGACGACGCAGACUCGGGCGAGGGGGACGCUGCUGACAUGAUGUUUCCUCAAUCGAGGCACUCGGACGUUCUUCCGGAAGGAUUUUGGCUUUCUCAGGCAUCCGCUCAGUCCGGCCAAGCUCUCAAGUUUACCACCUCGGACUCGUGUGACCGCAUCAAGGACGAGUUCCAGUUCCUCCAAGCACAAUACCACAGUUUGAAGUUGGAAUGUGACAAACUUGCCUCAGAAAAGUCGGAGAUGCAGCGUCACUACAUCAUGUACUAUGAAAUGUCUUACGGGCUGAAUAUUGAAAUGCACAAACAGGCUGAAAUAGUCAAGAGACUGAAUGGCAUCUGUGCUCAGGUGUUGCCUUACCUGUCCCAGGAGCAUCAGCAGCAAGUCAUGGGUGCCAUCGAGCGAGCCAAGCAGGUCACGCCCCCUGAAAUGAACUCCAUCAUACGGCAACAGCUGCAAGUGCAGCACCUGUCCCAGCUGCAGGGUCUGGCCCUGCCCGUGGCCCCGCUGCCUCUGGGCCUGACCCCACCCACCCUGCCGGCCGUUUCGUCCAGCUCGGGCCUACUGUCGCUGUCUUCCAUCUUGGCCAACUACUCUCACGGUCAGGCCCAGGCAGCCAAGGAGGACAAGGCCCGCGACGGCGCCGAGAGAGCGCCCAGACCGGAGGACGGGGACAAGUCCGACUAAAGGGUUUCUGACGGUCUCUGAGGUAAAGCUGUCACUGUGUGCGCGGAGGUGGGUGCCAGUGUUGUUAAGAAGAGCAGAGACAAUGUCAGGAGAGGAGUGACGUGUAGAUAUUAUUAUUUAGUGGACUUAGUAGACUCAUGCUUGUAGAUUUUGACUUAGACGCCAUUGUAGUGCAAGCCACUGUUUGUUUGUUUGUUUGGAGUGACAGCCUUCACGCUCUUCUUCUUCUUUUCAUUUCUUUGCUUCCCCUUCAGUCCCUCAAACGCUCCUCAGUCCUACACUUAAUUACUGGACCUUUGUUCAUUUGUAGUCCAAUGAAAAUGUUUCUCAAAGGAACAGUCAACCUCAAAACAUCAUCCCUCACUUUUUUAAAUAUUUACUUGAUUUUACUACUUUAUUUUGUUUUGCAACGCCACUCAGCUGCGUACCUCAAUCCCAUCUGAUGGGGUUUUAUUCCAUGACAACGCUUUCGACGUAUCGUGUACUUGAUCCACCUGAGGCUGUUUUGGAGGGGAUUUGUCUUAAAAAAGUUUUUUUUGUGUGAAACUGCAGGCAGAUUAGAAAUGGAAAAUAUGUGCUUGCGUGUGUGUGUGUGUGUGUGUGUGUGUGUGUGUGUGUGUGUGUGUGUAUUUGGGGGGAAAUUAAAACAUUUUUUGUUAUGAUUGAACUCUUACUUGCUUGAAGCACCUUUUUUUUGUUGAACCUGAGAGGGACAAGCAGUAGAAGAUGGAUGGAUAGAAGGAUGGUUUACAUUCUUACUACAGCUUCCCCUGCUGGUCCAGUCUUUAAUUGAUCAAAACAUACAGAAAAGAGGUCACUUUUUCCUCCCGUUUGAUUAACGGCAGCUUUUCAUUUAAGCAUAUAAAUAAAAACAAGGGUCACACUGACAAAAAGAAAGUUAAGGCUUAAAAUAAUAGUGGUAUUUCUUCGCAUAAAAGUACAAUUUCGUUUCCAUAAAAGUUGUUUUUUUUAAAUUUUACAAAACGUCCGUUUUUUUCUUCAUACAGUUUUAUUCUAAAUUUUAAAAAAAAUCACAUUUAUACUUUCCCCCCCCCCCACUAAAUCGUGGUAGUUUUCUUGCAAGUUUUUAUCAAACACAAUCUUAUUCAUGUGAAAAUAUUUUUCUACGUUUUUAAAUAAAAUUAUAUUUCAUAGUUUUAACUUUCUUUGCAUAACAGUACUGCUUUUUUCAUAGAAAGUUACGACAUAAUUUUCGUAAAAUUCAACUCAAUUCAAUUCAAAUUACAAUUCAAUUAUCUUUUUACAUAAACGGACAUCUUUGGUGCAUCGAAUUACAAAUUAAAAAGAAAUCCCUUCCCCCAAAAUUAAAAUGUCCAUUCUAUUUAAUUUCCAUUUCAUUUGUUAAAAAAACGGUUUGUGCAAAUGUUUAUUUUAAUUGGAAUGUUUAAUUUUUACUCAACUUCAAAACUUUGGCAUAACUUGUUUUGUUGCGUAAAAUAAAGAAGAGUUUCGAGUAAAAUUAUGACACAUUUUUUUGUAAUUUUACAACUUUGCUCUUGCAAUAUUCUGCUAUCAAUUUUCAAUGCAGACUUGUCCUAUUAUUACAUGUUUAUUCAUAGAAUGUCAGUAAGUACUUCUGCUGUGAUGACCUGAAUGAGGUAUAAACUAAAUAAAUACACAAAUAUAAAUACAUAUAAAGAAAUCUUACAAUAUUCAUUCACAGGGUAGUUUUUUUUUGUGUUAGUUUUGGAAUUAUCAACCUAGCUAACUGAAUGGCGCUUCUGCGUAUGGCCAGCAGGGGGCAGCGCUGUUCUCAUUGGCACUUGGUGUGACGUCACACACUCGCAAGGCUGAUCUGAAGUCAGUUGGAAUGUAGUUCUUUCAAACCCCCCAACCAGAGCUUUGACAACUCCCUGAAUACUUUUUAUCUGCUUUUUUCAAUUGCUUUUUUCCCCAUUUACCAUUACUAUUUUGUAAAAGCACUUAAGUGGCGACUCUGUGCUAAAAUAAUUUCCCCUAAAUAUGAAAAUGUCCUCCCUGGUAACAGUCAAAUGAAUGCUGUGUGUGUGUUUUUGGUUUUGCGCUGAGAAGGGCCAAUUUGUAUACAUAUGAAUAUAUCAAUAUACAUAUUUUUUAAAGCAUUUUUGUAUGUUUCAAAGCUGCUUUUUAACGUGUGUGUAACAUGGAAGAUUUGUUGUGUGUGUGUGUGUUUGUGCGCGCGCGUUACAUUAAGAGGCACAAUGUCCAUUUUUGUUUUUCCUCUCUUUCUCUCAUCCUCUGCAACACUUUGCUCAGUUUGUAAAUGUUUGAUCCUUUUUUUGUGAAAAACAAAAAAUGUGUUUUCGAAAGCUAAGACAACAAGAAGAAGAAGAAAAAAAAAAAAAGAAAAGCUGUAAAGUGGAAAAACUGUGUAAGCUAAUGACAACAAAUCAACCUUUUAGCAGUAAGGGAGCUUCUCUGGUGCCUUACAAAUAAAAGAUGUGAUUGAUUGGA